CCCAGAGGUGGGUCCCCUGGGGGUGAAGGGGUUAGUUCUGCCCAGGUCUCUCUUCCUUGAUCUUCACUGGCCAGUGUGGAGGUGUGGCCGGGAGGAGCCUAGGUUUGUCUAGACCAGAGUCAGCCUGGCCCAAGAGUGACCAUUUCUGACCUCUACUUUCUUCAUCCUGGGCAGUCAGACACACCAGAUGAGGAACAUGAGAAGGGGUGAAAACCACAAAUGUGUAUCUGUUUCUGUAGGGGUGGAGGGGGAGUGUCGGCCCCCUGCCCAGCUAUGCAGGGGGUGGGGUAGGACUUUUCCAGAGAGGGAGCCAGGCCUGGCCCUGGCCCCAAGAGCUCACGCCCCCACCCCUUACUUCUCCAGGGAACUGCCAAAGCCAAACCCAGCUCAGGACAGGAUUAUGUGUACUGGGUAGACCCAUGGAGAAAGAGGUAGCAGAGAGAAGCAGAGGCAGAGAGGGAGUAGAGAGGGGACCCGGACCCGGCAGCAAGAAGUGGCAGUGAUCAUCACCCCAUCUCUCCUUUCCUUCAACCUCCAGUAACAGAGUCAGGCAGAGAGCUGAAGUUUUGGGUGGAACGUUGGCCCUUCUCUGGAGGCCCUACCCGCCCCCCCAUCAGGGUGGAGUUGCUGACCUCAGUGGUCAGCCCAGCCAAGGGAAGGAGCUGCCAUCAGCAACCCCCUUCCCAACCCCAAGCAGCUGAGGAGACCCUGCAGCUCAGGCUCAACCACUGCGAUCCCUCCCUUAACUUCAAGUCCUGGGGUCUCAGGGAGGGAAGUGGGGCUGAGAGUUGCUACCCCCAAGCACAUUCCUGCCCUUCUCUCUGUCAUUUUCCUGCCCCUGAGCUGGCCCACCUGGCAUUAGCUCCUUGGAUUCCUCUCCCGGGUGCCUUUCAGAUCCAACAGAAACAUCUUUUUUUUUUCCUGGAAAGCAGAACUCUGAGCAGCAUGAGGAGUGGGGGUGGGAAGGGCUCAUUGUGA